CUCAACUUCAUGCUCUCUUUCAUCCCCGUGACCAACACAAAGAGGGAACAUCCUGGCAGGCCGGCAGCACAAGAUCGACGGCCCAGCAUAACCCUUCACAUCUCGCCUCGUACGGAAACGCAUCCCCGCAUGGCCGGACCAGCCAUCUUCUUUUCUUCCUUCCUUCUCCCAGGUUCUCCUGCUUCUAGUUCCUCCCCAAUUGUCGGUAUCGAGUCUCUCGAUACCACCUACGUAGUGUGCAGGCGGGCACACGCCCUGUCGAUAUUUGAUAGGGUGCCAGGCAAACCACAUGUGUGAUGCGAAUUGGCGCGCGCUGGGAGCCUUAGCGGGCCUCGAGAGAGAGGGAACAAAAAAACCAGGGAUGGGCCCUGUUGGGCAUGCCAUGCACAGGCGCCUGACGAAGGAGGUGGGCUUUUUGGCCAAUCGGCAGAGACUCCAGGUGAUGGAGGUGAGACGAUAUGGGCGUCAACUUGCGAGAGGACUGUGAUUUCGGUAUCGUGUUGGAGAUUCAGGUUUGUCUACAGACAGUGACACGAUGUGUAGUAUCUACUCCGUACCGAGGGAGAGACUCUGGGAAGAAUACAACGCUCGCCAUACCGUAGUGUUUAAAGAUGGACGGGCAGGACAGUUGAGUCAAUAUCUUGAUCACAUCUUCCCAAAUCUCCAUCUGCAAUGCGAUGCGGGAUCCAACUGUAACACGACCUCAUCAUCGUGCAGCUUGUCACACUCUGGGCCUAUUCGCUUACAGCUACUGUGCCUGAGAAUCACUAUCAGCCAGUCGCUCUCGAUAGUUCUCUCAACCCGUCAUUUAACAGCCCAACCCAUCCAUCCCUUCCAAUCCAUGCCAUGGUCUCUUCUGCCGCCUUGGGACAUACCAAACUCAAACCGAUGUACCGUACAUGUUGAUGUGAAUGCACCUUCUGCAUGCCCAUCUGCCCACGGGGGAUUUAUUUGAUUUGAUACCUCCUGUAUAACCACUUAUCAACCCCCUUUUCCCCAUCCUCUUCCUCUUUUUCUUUCUUUAUCCUCUCUACCUCACCUUACUCUUGUCCUACUCUUCAAAAUCUGGGAUUACCCUGUCCCUCUUACUCCCGGGUUUUCCUCACCGACAAAUCCACCGCCUCCAACAAGCUUAGCUUUUCCACUUUCACCUGUUUUCCCCUCCAGCUCCAGCUGCCUCCCAGACCAAGACCCUUUUUUUUCUUUGUCCACUUCCAUCAAGUGGACCGAACUCUCUGUUCCCCGGCGCCACCGCCUAGAAAACUAACUUACGUGCUCCGUCUCUUGAGCCACAGCGAGCCAGUCCCCUGCAAUUGAACCCCCGGAGGCCGCUGUACCGCAACGCUCUGGGCUACCUCUUUCAGUGGGCUAUACCGGGUACGGUACAAAGCAAGGAACCUGGCCGACCUCAUAUUUUUCUCGGAUUACCCAUUUCUCAUUCAUCUCUGUGUUCCCCCCCGCCCACUUUUUUGAUCUCUCAAACUCACCCCCACUGCGGAUCAACCUCAGCUCAUCCAUCCAUUCCAAUUCCCACCGCGGGAACCGGGAAAGCGUGAAUCAUUUAUUCCAUCGCGCUCCCUAUUUCUUGUAAAGGGGAUCCUAGUCCUUGAUCGGAUCGUAUCCUUAAGAACGGGCUGGGCAUUGUGUUCGUGCUUGCCCUUGUCCUUGUAUUUACCUUGUCAACUUCGUUGCGGUCUGAGUCUUUAGUCUGUCGCAUUGGCAAGCAUCAGCUCCUUAUAUUGUCCUGUCUUGUCUGUCUGUCUCGUUACGAUCCAGAGAUAGACAUCCCGACAGACAAAUAGAGAGAGCUGGCCUCCUCCCUUCCACGUAUAUCCCGCGCAUCUACAGCUCUUGCUCUCAUCUCGUCGCACCUUUGCGACUUAGAGCAGGACUACGAAACCUACACCGCUGCCCAACAUGGCGCUCGAACAGACAAUCACCAUUGUUAACAACUCCGGCAAGAUUAUCAAGACCGGCAAGCAGCUCUUUUCCAUCUUUAAGGAAGCUCAAGGCAACUACAAAGACAAGAAGGCGGAGAUCAAAGCCCAGCAGGGUGUCCAGCGCUCUCAAUCCUUCGACGUCAAUGCCCAGCCUCAAGCUUUUCCUGUAGAACACUUCCACAUCGACGAUGACCGGUCCCGAUAUUAUCCUCCUCGCGCGGGUGACCAGCGCAGCGAAGCUGGCUCACAACGCAGUCGCCGAUCGCGAAGCGUCCACUCGCGACAUCCUCGAGAGGACUUUGCCAGUCGUCGUGCGCUGACUCUUGAUAACCUCGAGAGACACACCGAAAUCUCCGCCACAGCUCCCAGCAAAGCGCCCACCCGAACUGUAUACAAGGAGAUCCCCAUGGAGCUUGCCAUGCCUCAGCGCAGCAUGGCUCCCUCUGCCUACGGCGCUGGCCCUAUGGUGCCCCGAAACCGAUCGACCGGAGAACUAGUACAGAUGAGGCCGCGCAAGGAAAUCGACAUGGACCUUGCGUAUGGAAGCGUCCCCCCGGAUCUGAAGGACCGCACCGAUCUGGACCCGCAGUACUACGAUGAGAAGCAGGCCAUGGGUCUUGUUCACCGCGUUGAGGGUCUCUUAACCGAAGCUAAAUGUAUCCACCAUUCGGCUACAACGACAAUGGCCGAGCUCCAGAAGAACCCAGACCACGCGGCGGCCGUUGCGCUCUCGCUUGCUGAGUUGUCAAAGAUGGUCAAGAAGACAUCGCCCGCUUUUCUGGGUCUUCUCAAGAGUGGAUCGCCAGCUGUCUUUUCUCUCUUAUCGUCCCCGCAAUUCUUGAUUGGCACGAGUCUCGCUGCUGGUGUCACUGUUAUCUGCUUCGGAGGAUGGAAGAUCUUCCAAAGAAUGAAGGAGGAGAAGGCGGCGCGGGAGGCCUUGGCAUAUGAGGGCGUGCCUAUGGACCGUCCUGCACCUCUGCGAACACAGAGCGAGUACGGUGUCGAGUAUGGCCCAGGUGUCGAUGAGGCCCUCAUCCUUGAUGACGACUUGAGUUCAAUUGAGACCUGGAGACGAGGCAUUGUGCCAUAUGGAGAAGAUGAGAGUGAAGUCGACAUGGAGCUUAUUACACCCUUGGCCGACAGGGAGACAAGAAGCCGUUAUGGCGGAGAUGAUUUUGACACAAAGUCCCGCCGAAGCACAAGAACAAGUAAAACACACGAGAGUUCACGAAGCCACAAGACACACCGAACAGACGACAGCCGCCGUAGCCAUCGCAGCCACAGGAGUCGUCGUGAUGAUGAUGACAGGAGUACACGACGUGAGGAUUACGCAGAGAGCAUCGCCGACAGUGAGCGCAGCCAUCGCUCGUCAAGGAGUAAGCGUUCCGAGAGGAUUGAGACGAGGUCAAUCGACAGCCGAAGCAGCAGCCGACGAGACGACGAAUCACAAGUCACUGUACGACCCAAGGUCAACCGCAACAACAGCAACAUGCUCAAGGCCCUCUUCAAGAACAAGGAGAAGAAGGAGCGCUCACUUGUCAUGGCAUAACGAUCUCGCGGGAUUUAAUACCCCCUCAGAUUUACACAUUUCUAUCUCAUUUUCUUUUUGCAUAUUACCCUGGCGCAUUUUUAAAAGACCGGUGGAUGCCAACAUCUACGGUAGACGAGGCAAAGAUUUACAUUACAUUUACGGAUAUUUUUUUCUCCUUCAAGUACAGAAAGAUCAUGGAUGGGCCAAGAAGAAUGCCCUUCCCACCAGCGAUUUAUUCCCUUGCGUUUUGUUGGUUAUUUCUUUUCCUUUUAUGAAUACUAUGAAAGAUUGCUCUUGCACACGCUUGAGCGGAGGUGAUUUAUUGCAUUACGCACGGAAGACAGAUGACGGAGCUGUUUGCAUUGGGUUGGGAUUUGUUUGUACUUAGGUAGCCCUGAGGGGCAAUGUAUACCAACCAAGACAUGAGAAGCUUAUGCUUCUUAUUUGGAUUGUUAAAUUGUGUGUGCUUGUCUCAAGAUUGGGACGUUUGUCGUGACAUUUUUGAUGAUAUCAGGUUUUGGUGGGGGUUUGUAAGCGAGAUG